AUGCUCAAUACGAGUAACGUUGCACAUUCAAUACUUGCUGAAGAAGUUGACAAUUGCAAUAGUAAUAAUAAUAAUAACAAUAGUCUAUUGCUCAAUGAUCUAUCAUUUCAUAAUGAUGAUAUCAUCACAAAUGGAUCAUUACAUUAUGGAGUUUAUGAUACAACUGUGUUUGAUGUACUCAAAGUUGAUUCUGAAGAUUUUGCUUCACAAAUCACAUUAAUGGAUCUUCCAGCAUUUAAAGCUAUAACUCCCGAUGAAUUAAUAAGUUGUAAUUGGAGUUCAAAAGCUAAACUCGAAAAAGCCUUUCAUAUUGUUCAAUUUACACGUCGAUUUAAUCAAGUUAAUUUUUGGGUUCAAGGUGAACUUUUACGUGCUGAUAUACUUAAAAAUCGCAUUGAAAUCUUAUCACAUUUUGUUCGAGUUGCGAAAAAACUGUAUGAAUUCAAUAAUAUUAAUGCAUGUAUGGCUGUUGUUAUGGCUUUACAAAGUGCCCCUAUUUAUCGAUUACAAAGAACUUGGGCGGGUCUUAGUAAACGUGAUCGAACAACAUUUUCAAAUUUAAAAGAAUUUGUAUCAUCAAAUGAAAAUUGGAAACGAUUAAGACAUCAUUUAACAAACACAAAAUUACCAUGUAUUCCAUAUCUUGGCAUUUAUUUAACUGAUAUUAUCCGUAUUGAUACACUACAUCCACAUAGUGGUGGACUUGAAACAAAUCAACGUAAAAAUGCUAUGAAUAAUAUAUGUCGACUUAUAUCAGAAUUUCAACAAUCAACAUAUGAAUUUCUUAAACCAAUUGAAUGCGUACAAAAUUAUCUUGCAUCUGUACGUUAUAUGGAAGAAUUACAAACAUUUGUUGAAGAUCAAAAUUUUAAACAAUCAUUAACUAUUGAACCUGAUCAAAUAAAUACUGAUCAUAAUGAUUCACAUUAUGAUCGAACACCAAAAAAUUUAGAAAAAUCAGCAUCAUUUAAAAUUUCUCAUGUUGAUCAACAUUCAACAUGUUCACAUAGACGAACACUUAGUGAUUAUAAUCAUUCAAAUUGUUUAUCAUCAUCAAAUAAAUCUGCAACAUUACCUUGUAGAACACAUGAAAAGAAAAGUUUAUUAGAUGAUAGUGUACUUGCAGAUUGUAUGCAAGAAGAAACUCGAUCUAGUCUUUUAUUAUGUAAAGGUAUAGAUUCAAGUGAUUCAUGUGAAGAAGCAAUACGUAAAGCAAAAGAAUAUAUAAAGAACAGUGGAAAACAUCAUCAUAUAGCUCAGGGAAUGUCUGUUUCAUUAUCAUCAUUAUCAAUGAAAGAACCAUUAAAUCCACAUAAUGAUCCAUUAGUAACAUCUAAUUUUAAUUUUGAAGGUUCAUUACAACGUAAAUGUCUUUUAAAAAAUUAUAAAAAACCAACUAUAGCAAAAUGGAAAAAAUAUUGGGUUGCUAUAUGUGAACAUUUACUUUUUUUUCAUAAACAAAAACCUUUUAUAAUGACAUUACAUAUGCGUUUAAAUCGUACAAAUCGACAAACAGCAACAAAUAGUGAUAGUGAUAAUAUAUCUACAACACAAUCAGCUCCACCAUUGAUAAAUACAUCAUCAAAUCGAACAUUAAUUGAAUCUGAAAGAUUAUUUUAUAGACAAAAUCCAACUAAAUGUCAAUCAGUAUCUGAUUGGCUUAUUGUACUUAGUCAAACAAAAAAUCGAAAUGAAAUUCAAUUAAGUGAUUUAAAUAGAGGAUCAAUGUAUAAAUUUAAAUUUGAAAAUGCAGCUGUAGCAAAUAUAUGGUUUCAACGUUUGAAAGAAGCAUCAAUAUUUAAACAAAAUAGUGGUCGACGUUCAGAAAAUUUAAUUGCAUUAGAUUAA